GAAGCAGGCAUUGCAGCUAGUUAAGACUUGUUCAUCAUUUUUUUUUUUUUUUGGUUUCUCUUUCGUUUUGAUUAUUUAUCACUAUGGGAACUGUGAAAACUGAAGCAUCACCAAAACUAGCUGACAAAGUGGUGAAAGAGGAGGGUGAAAUCGACGAAAGCGAGCUGUCUCCGAUAGAGGAGGUUCGUCUGAUAGUGCCCAACACCGAUGACCCUUCACUCCCAGUAUGGACCUUCCGUAUGUGGUUCUUGGGUCUUUUCUCUUGCAUCCUCCUUUCAUUCCUGAACCAGUUUUUUGGUUACCGAACCGAGCCGCUAGUCAUCACCCAAAUCACCGUCCAGGUGGCGACUCUCCCCAUCGGACGGUUCAUGGCUUCGGCUCUUCCUACGGCUAAGUUCCGCAUAACUGGGUUUGGCUCGAGAAAAUUCUCGCUUAACCCCGGACCGUUCAACAUGAAGGAGCAUGUUUUGAUUACGAUAUUUGCUAAUGCUGGGAGUGCUUUUGGAAGUGGUACUGUUUAUGCUGUUUUAAUUGUUACCAUAAUCAAGGCUUUUUAUGGAAAGAGCAUCUCUUUCUUCGGUAGUUGGCUUCUCAUAAUUACAACACAGGUUAUGGGAUAUGGUUGGGCCGGGCUAGUGAGGAAGUAUGUGGUGGAGCCGGCGCACAUGUGGUGGCCCACUACCCUUGCUCAAAUUUCUCUCUUUAGGGCCUUGCAUGAAAAAGAAGAAAACAACGAUGGCAAGCGCCGCAUAUCACGACUGAAAUUCUUCGUGAUAGCAUUAGUAUGUAGCUUCUGCUGGUAUGUUUUCCCAGGUUACCUCUUCCAAACCUUGCAAAGCAUCUCUUUGGUGUGCCUGGCCUUCCCCCAUUCAGUAACCGCCCACCAAAUCGGUUCGGGCAUGAGCGGUCUCGGCAUAGGGUCCUUCACGCUUGACUGGACAACCGUUGCCUCUUUCCUGUUUAGCCCACUCGUUUCUCCCUUCUUCGCCAUUGUAAACGUCUUCAUAGGAUAUGCCUUGAUUAUAUACCUUGUGAUGCCAGUAUCUUACUGGGGGCUAAACCUAUUCAACGCGAAAACUUUUCCCAUUUUUUCAUCGGACUUGUUCACCGCACAAGGUCAGGAGUAUAACAUUACGUCGAUAGUUAACAGCAAGUUCGAGCUCAAUGAGGCGGAGUACGAGAAGUUAGGGAGGAUCCAUAUGAGCACUUUCUUCUCUGUCACCUAUGGAUUUGGGUUCGCCACAAUUGCUUCCACGGUAACACAUGUGGCCUUGUUCUAUGGAAGGGAAAUUUAUAGUCGAUAUCAAGCUUCUUCGAAGGCAAAGGCCGAUGUUCACACUAGGUUGAUGAGAAAGUACCCGGAUAUACCUUCAUGGUGGUUUUAUUUGCUUCUUGCCGGCUCGAUUCUUGUCAGUCUUGCACUCUGCAUAUUCCUUAAAAAGGAUGUCCAAAUGCCUUGGUGGGGACUGUUAUUUGCUGCUGCACUUGCCUUCUUUUUCACUUUGCCUAUCAGCAUUAUAACAGCCACGACGAAUCAAACACCAGGGCUGAACAUCAUUACAGAGUACAUAAUGGGAGCAAUAUUGCCUGGACAACCAAUAACCAAUGUCUGUUUUAAGACCUAUGGAUACAUUAGCAUGUCUCAGGCAGUGGCUUUUCUUAGUGAUUUCAAGCUCGGUCAUUACAUGAAAAUCCCACCAAGAUCAAUGUUUCUGGUUCAGUUCAUUGGAACCGUGUUAGCGGGCACGGUAAACCUUGGAGUGGCUUGGUGGCUUCUAACUACCGUCGAAAACAUAUGCCAUCGAGAUCUUCUCCCAGCAAAUAGUCCUUGGACAUGCCCCAGCGAUAGAGUCUUCUUCGAUGCAUCGGUCAUCUGGGGUUUGGUUGGACCGAAACGAAUUUUCGGUUCGCAAGGCCUGUACUCAUCACUUAACUGGUUCUUCCUAGGGGGGCUUUUAGGACCAGUUGUAGUAUGGCUGUUGCACAAGGCAUUCCCCAGUCAGGCUUGGAUUCCCCUUAUCAAUCUGCCGGUGCUUUUAGGCGCAACUGGGAGCAUGCCACCAGCAACCCCAUUGAACUACACUUCCUGGAUUCUUAUUGGAACUAUCUUCAACUUCUUCGUCUUCAGGCAUCGAAAGCAAUGGUGGCAGAGGUAUAACUACAUUCUAUCAGCAGCACUGGAUGCAGGGGUGGCAUUCAUGACGGUGCUGCUUUACUUUGCGUUGGGGAUUGAGAAUAAGAGUUUGAACUGGUGGGGUGCCAGUCCGGAUAUCUUUCCAGAGCACUGUGAUCUAGCAAGUUGCCCCACAGCAAAGGGGAUAUCGGUUGAAGGGUGCCCAAUAUUUUAAGAUUCAUGUUUUAACAUUUGUGCCCUGUUGGAAUCUGCUACCUUUUUUACUUAAUUUUCUGAAGGUCUCAACAAGUCAAAGAAUCAAAAAACCCCUCCAGUUUAAUGAAAUGAACAUGGUUGCAGAUCA